AUGAAUACAAGACAAAUACCGGUUCCAAAAAGUGUCUUUAUAAGUGCGGAAACGUUAUUUAGUAAUUUAAAUACAUGUAGUGAAAUAUGUGGUGCAACUGACGAAAUCUUAUCCUGCUUCACAAAAAUAUUGUCUUAUGAGGCAAUUGAAGACUUACAUCGAAAUCUUGACGGUGACAAAAACGGAGAGGUUGACUAUUCUGAAACUGAAAAGUUUUUGAGGAAAGAAUUCAAUUCGGGAGAAGCUGCUAAAAAAUCACGUAUACUAAACAGCGAUGAUCCUCUCAUUAGCCUUACGGAUUUGUGGCAAAUGUGGAGAAAUAAUCCUGCAUUUAACUGGACUGUGAAAGAUACUAUUCAAUGGUUAGUAAACCUUGUAGAUCUUCCUCAGUAUGCUGACUUGUUUCGUCAACAUAAUUUGGAUGGACGUUCAUUACCACGCUUGGCUUUGCAAAAUAUGAGCUACUUAACAGAUGUCCUGGGCAUUCAAAAUCCGAUACACAAGAAGAAAUUGAUGCUCCGUGCUUUGGAUGUCAUCCUGUUUGGGCCUCCAAGACAGCCAGUACUUGUAUCAGGAAAUGUUUCUCUAGUCACUUUAUCAUUAGGAUUGUUAUGCCUUUCAAUUAUGAGCUUCUCUCAUCGAUUCUACCAUACAUCAAGUUAUUCAGAGAGAAAUUCUGUCGGUGAAAAUCAAGAAAAAUUAAAUAUUGCUGAACAGACAUUAAAACAACUUCAAAAAAGGUUAGAUGAUGUAGAGCAAUUACGGCAGACAUUGAAUGCUUCAUCAUCAACACCUCUAUCUCUGGGUUCAAAGAGUAUGAUGAAACAAGAUAAUUUUUCAUCGCUUCAUUUAAAGAGUACGGAGAUGUUUGAUGAAGAUAGUGUUUCUAUGCAUAAACAAUCAUAUGAUCAUUCAUCAUAUACACCAUCUUCAGUUGCAGAAUUUAAUUUGCCAAAUGAUUUAUAUAAUGAUUCUAUACCUUCGAACUCCUUGCAUAAUAGUAAUAGUAUGUACUCAGCCAACGAUCCAUUGAAUUUUGAUCAAAUACGUACUUUACAUCAUCGCAAAAUUCUAAAUUUAAAAGGACGAAAUCCUGGAAAUGAGUUUUAUUCACCGACUACUUUUUCAAUAAAUCCUUAUAAUAAAUAUCAUCCAAAUGAAUCGAAUUAUGAACUUAAACAUUGGUUACAAGUCACUUAUGAAUUGGAACUUAGACGUUACUGUGAAAAGAGAAUGAAAGCUGAAAAGAAACUUGAUUUUGCUCGACAAUCGUGUAAACGUUUUAUACGUAAACGUUAUAGUAUUUUUGGUUCAGUUCGACUAGUAAAUACCAUAAAUUUAGAUGAAUUGGAAAAUCGUUUAAUUAAUGCAAAACAAGCUUUGGAUCAACUUGAAAGUGAAGUUCAAGAGCGUGUAAAUCGUUGGAGUCAUAUUGAAGCCUUAACUGGUCUGCUUAUCCGUACAGAUAUUCAUAAUAGAUAUGCAAAAAGUAAUUUUGGUGAAACAACGAAUCCAAUUCAUUGUUCAAUGGAUAAGUAUCGAUAUUGUAAUGGUAGUACAAAGUCUAGUGAUUCUGAUCGUUUGCCAUCUAUGAUUGAACAAACUUCACUAGAAUCUAGUCGUUUUCCUAAACCUACAAGUAAUGGUUUAUUGAAUGAUUUCGAUUAUACUUCUAAUAAAGAAAAAUCAUAUCAAUUAAACAGUGAAACCACUGAUACCUUAAGGACAAGCUUGCCACGCAAUUAUUCUUUUGUUCGACCGUUCGCUACUAUAUGGAGACGUAAGACAAAAUCUGGCCGAGGUAAAUCAGAUCCUAAACAGUAA